UCUCGGACGCCUAUCCUAAUCAAGUCGUGAUUUUCCUAAGCCAACCCAUCAACAUCGGGGUUUUCCUCUACUAAAUUGACGACGUUCAAUUUGGUACAAUUUUUUACAUACAAAUUCGGCACAUUUGACACGAGACUUCAUCAUUCCAAUAUGCAUUGACACUUACAAUUAGCGAUCGCAAUUACAAAAUCGUUAGUCUGUAUCUGCUAAUCUGUCUGUAUGGUUAUCAUUUUAUGGGGCACCUCGCCAUAGAAACGGUGUCAAUUAAUCGUGUUAGACAAGCAUAGACACACGAGAACUUAAAGUUGGUAGUCAAGGUUCCAAGUUACUGCGGUUUCAUGAAGGACAGCUACGGAAUUAAAAUAAAUCAGACCCGAAAAAAGUGGACUUUGAAAAUACUGAGGUCAAGUCAACACGAGACAUCAACAAUAAAAUAAUUCUACAGUUGAGCACAACUUGACCACUCAACUCGUGCAAUUCAUCUUGAUUCGGGAUGCCAGAGAAAGAUGGCGACACGACGGGUGGACCUGGCCCGCCACUUGAAACCAGACCAGAGGUUCCCCCGGAUGGAAGGGGUGCGAGUGCAGAGUCGCUCCUCGUGCCGGGCGACAGUGACGAGAAUGUGAACAAGGAGAAGAGUUUGAACAAGUGGCAUGACUUCGAGUCCCAAUACUCUCUCGCAAUGGAACAGUCGGCGAUCAUCGAACGAGAAACGUGGGGUUCGCAGCUUGAGUUCCUCAUGUCUUGCAUUGCCAGUGCUGUCGGUCUCGGAAACAUUUGGCGAUUUCCAUUCAUCGCCGGUCAGAACGGGGGUGGGGCCUUUCUGUUUCCAUACAUCAUCGUUCUGUUCGUCAUUGGUCGACCCAUGUACAUGAUGGAACUGGGGUUGGGACAAUUCGUGUCUGGAGGUCCUGUGAAAAUUUGGGAAAUGGCCCCUGGCUUCAGAGGUGUAGGAUACACUGCGACAUUUGCGUCUUUCUUACUUGGCUCCUUCUACAGUUGUAUCAUGGGGUGGGCUUUCUCGUAUAUGAUCUACUCAUUCUUCCCCACUUUGCCCUGGGAUAGGGAUACCUGGUCACCUGUCGGCCUUAACAAAGUCUCUGUCGACAAAGAUCCAGGAGCGUUUUUUGGAUAUGGACAUUUGGGAGAAGUAGUAGGAAAUCCUAAUCACACUCAGUUCCGUAGAGGCAAAGGGCUUGAUGGUCCUCCCGUAUUUGCCACAGCUAUGGGGCUAUUGGUCAGUUGGUGCAUUAUAUGGGCCAGCAUGUUUGCUGGCAUGUCCGGUUCGGGAAAGGUUGCGUAUUUCACCGCGUUGUUCCCUUAUGUCGUCCUCUUUGUCCUUUUGAUUGGCGGCGCCACGUUGCCAGGAGCAUGGAGAGGCUUAAAGUUUUUCUUUACACCAGAUUUCGCAAAGAUUGUGACACCAAAAGCGUGGUUUCAAGCAGUGGGACAGUGCUUCUUCUCAUUAGGAAUCACCUUUGGGGGCUGCAUCAUGUUUUCCUCAUUUAACAAGUUUCAUCAUAAGCUUGGCAGGGACAUCAUUAUCAUUGGAAUAAUGGACACCUUUACAAGUAUGUUGGCAGGAACUUGCCUCUUCAUGCUUUUGGGCCACUUGGAGGAGCAAAAUCUAGGUAAGCUCGAAAACAACAAGACUGUGGAGAACUAUUCGGACUCCGCCGGUGCAGGAAUGGCAUUUGCUGUUUUCCCCAAUGUACUCGAAGCAUUUAAACCUUAUCCUUUGCCGAAUAUAUUCUCCUUCCUCUUUUUCUUCAUGAUCGUGGUUCUGGCCGUAGGAAGUGCAAAUGGGAUAAUUGGAGCCAUUGUGACCGUCAUCUGUGAUGCUUUUCCUAAAUGGAAGAGAAAAAUAGUCCUCACUUCCCUGUGCGUAUUCUCAUUCUUCAUUGGAUUGUUGUACACUUGCAGAGCGGGAGGCCACAUAAUUGACAUUGUGGACAAGUUCGGGACGGAACAAGUUGUUUACAUGUUGGCAAUUUUCGAAACUGUGGCAAUCGCCUACGUAUACGGGCUAAAGAAUCUCUGCAACGACUUUGAGUUCAUGUUAGGGUACCAUUUGAGCUGGUAUUGGAUCAUCAGUUGGGCAAUUGUUCCAGUCUUGUUGGUAGUCAUCUUUAUCAGCUACAUGGCUACCUGGAAACCUUUCUAUGGUCAUCCACUUGUUGCAAUCAUUUGUGGAUGGUUAUUGACUUUCGCUGCAUGGCUCAUACUUCCAACCGUAAUGGUCCUAGUCAUCUGGACAAGGAAAUCUCGAUCCAUUGUCAAGAGAAUCAAGGCGAGUUUCUGCCCCACCAGGAAAUGGGGUCCGAAAGAUCCUGCCGUGCGUGAAGCUUGGCGACGAUGGAAGAAGACCAGACCCACGGAAUUUGCCUUUACGUCGGAAAUUAUGAAGGCGUUGGGUCUGCGGAAAGACGAAUUGCCCGGAAACACCCAAGCCUACUGGUCAGACCCCAACGAGUCGAUGUAUCAGCCGGACUCAAAAAUGCCGUCCUCCACGGAUGUUGUGACCCCGUCGGAACAACAGUCUGGCCCUGUCACCGAACCACCUCCCACCUGAUCACCCACUUUCUCCUCGCUAAUAAUAUGCUGCAAAAUUAUAAUGAAUGAAUUGUUAAUAUUUGUCGUACUGAAUCUUUUCAUCAAGCACAAAAUUUUAAAGCGACUCAAUGUAUAAAGCGCAAUAAUAUGGUCAAUUUCGUAAAUAAAAUGCGCAAUGCGUUUUUCAUUCAAUUUUCA